AUGUUGUACGAUCUCCUCGAGCGUCGGAAAGAAAAAUUCGUUCUCUGGAUUCCAGGAGGUGCCGAACCUCCAAGUCUUGUCCUAGGCACCAUCGACGGUGCUACUCCAGCCAACUUCACGCAACUAUUUCAAGGCCAACUGGUCCAGGCUAAUAACAUUCGAUUCUUCACAGACGUCGUGAUGGCUUUCGGGCAUGAUCCGUAUGUUUACAUCGCCUUUGAUCAAUUCCACAUACAACCGUACGAUCCCAACGACCCUGGUGACAAUUGGCAAUCUCACAGGGACAACCAACUUCGAGAUGGCUAUGGUGGUAGGAGUUGGAAAUACAUCGAGAACACGACAACUUAUGACCCAAAAUCUGGUCAGACUCAAGUUGUCCAUCCUUCGUGGGCAUUCCACCAAGGACAUCUCCAUCGGUGGAUGUCCGACUUCGGGGUUGCUAUCAACUACAUCACAUCCCAUGACGUUGAAGGCUACCGCAAGGAACGACUUUACAACUUCCUCGACAGCAAUGGUAUCAUUGACAAGGAGACACGUUCGAAGUUCGCAUUUGCACUUCUCCUCACAGCUGUUGGCAUCCCGAUGAUCUUUGCGGGCGAAGAGUUCUGUGAUCAGAUGGAUCGUCCUAUUGGCCAGAAACAAAUCGAUCCGGUGAACUAUGAACGAAAGGCAGAACCGUGGCGCUCAGCUGUCUUUAAUUAUGUUGCCAAUCUCGUCAGAUUCAGAGAACAAUGUCCAGCUCUGGGAGACGAUGACACGAAUUUCUUCUUUACGGACGAAAGUCGAGGUGGCAAGAUUAUGGCUUGGACGAGAGGAGGAAGUGGAAAUGCACCAGUGGUCGUUGUUGCAAACUUCACUGAUGAGGAUACGCCCGGAACCGAGUAUGUGAUUGAUGGAUGGCCGGAUCAGGAUAGAGAUGAUUGGAGGGAGGUUAGUCAAGGGAGAGAUGUGCCGAGAGAGUGGGUAGGCAGAGAACCCUUGAUGCAGUGGGAGGUGAAGAUCUAUACAUAUUGGAAGUGA